UCGGUUUUACACUGUUGCGGCAGGCCAUAGGAAGAGGAAGGGGGAUAUUUGGGGAAGACGGUAAUGUGUUCGCUGACCCAGUUGCGUCCGCUAACAUGCGCCGCUUCCGCACCGGACCUCAUCAAGUGGGUAGCCAGAGAAGGUGGCUUCGUGCACCGCGCGGUCAAAAUAGCACAGCUCGACUCCUCCAAUGGACUGGGCCUAGUGACCAAGGAGGAAAUUCCACGUGGCAGUGACCUUCCCCUGCGCUUCACCUCUCUCGAACGAGACCCUCUGCUUUUGAUAAUUAGGCUGUACUGAGUUGAGUUUUCAAUGUAAAUGAAUUGGAACACUGUGGUAGCAUUUGGCAGAGGAACUAUGGGCAAUGAAACUGGGUUUGAAGCUUCUGCAAGAGAGGGCAAAAGUUGGAUCUUUCUGGUGGCCAUAUAUUACCAAUCUCCCCGAAACAUACAAUGUGCCGAUUUUCUUUCCUGGGGAGGACAUAAAGAACUUGCACUAUGCUUCUCUUCUUCAUCAGGUAAACAAAAGGUGUCGAUUUCUUCUUGAUUUUGAGAGAGAAGUCAAGCGUGCUUUGGUAAGUCUUACACCAGAUAAGCAUCCUUUUGGUGGUCAAGAAGUAGAUGCAUCUUCUCUUGGAUGGGCAAUGUCAGCAGUAUCAUCUAGAGCAUUUCGAUUGUAUGGUGAAAAGGAUCCCAAUGGGAUACGCAUUGACGUACCGAUGAUGCUCCCCCUAAUUGAUAUGUGCAAUCAUAGUUUCAAUCCAAAUGCUAGAAUUGUUCAAGAACAAGAUACCAGUGACUCGAAGAUGAAAGUGAAGGUUGUGGCCGAGACAGCAAUUAAAGAAGAUGAUCCCCUGUUACUCUGCUAUGGCUGUUUAAACAAUGAUCUUUUCCUUCUUGAUUAUGGAUUUGUGAUGCACUCAAACCCUUAUGAUUGUAUUGAGCUCAAAUAUGAUGGUGCUCUUUUGGAUGCUGCAAGCACAGCAGCUGGAGUUUCUUCGCCAAAUUUCUCAACACCUGCUCCAUGGCAGGAACUGAUCUUAUCUCAGCUGAAUCUAGCUGGAGAAACUCCAGAUCUCAAGGUGAGCUUAGGUGGUCAAGAAACAGUAGAGGGCCGCUUGUUGGCUGCAUUGAGGGUAAUUCUUUCAACUAAUGUGGAAACUAUGCAGAAGUAUGACCUCAGCAUACUCCAGUCUUUAGAUGCUGAGGCUCCUCUUGGUGUUGCAAAUGAGAUAGCUGUAUUUCGCACCCUAAUUGCUUUGUGUGUCAUUGCACUGGGACACUUUCCCACCCAAAUAAUGGAUGAUGAAUCACUGUUGAAGCAGGGUGCUUCAGGUUCAACCGAGUUAGCCAUUCAGUACAGAAUCCAAAAGAAAUCUGUGAUUAUAGACGUAAUGAAAAAUCUCUCAAGGAGGCUAAAGCUUGUAUCAUCAAAGGAAACAACAACCGCAGAAGGCUAAGUGAUAGUUAACGAUUAAGUAUUUGCUUGCUGUCAUGAAUCUCUCUUUAACAUUUUAAUCUGCUUUUGCUUUAUUUACAUCUUACUGGAGAGUGCAAUUUUGAUUGAAAUUACCUAUGUUUUCACCAUUUGGCAAUCUUCUAUUGAACUAUGAGCAGUGAUAUUUUUUGUUAAGUUGGUCA